AUGACCCCAACCUCCAUCCACCCAACUCCCACCAAACCUCCACCCAACCUCCACCCAACUCCCACCAAACCCCCCAACCUCGCCCAACCUCCACCUCACCCUUCACCCAACUCCCAUCCAACCCCCCAACCUCCACCCAACCUUCACCCAACUCCCAUCCAACCCCCCAACCUCCACCCAACCUUCACCCAACUCACAUCCAACCCCCAACCUCCACCCAACUCCCAUCCAACCCCCCAACCUCCACCCAACCUUCACCCAACUCCCAUCCAACCCCCCAACCUCCACCUCACCCUUCACCCAACUCCCAUCCAACCCCCCAACCUCCACCCAACCUUCACUCAAAUCCCAUCCAACCUCCACCUCAACCUUCACCCAACUCCCAUCCAACCCCCCACCUCCACCCAACCUUCACCCAACUCCCAUCCAACCCCCCAACCUCCACCCAACCUUCACCCAACUCCCAUCCAACCCCCCAACCUCCACCCAACCUUCACCCAACUCCCAUCCAACCCCCCAACCUCCACCCAACCUUCACCCAACUCCCAUCCAACCCCCCAACCUCCACCCAACCUUCACCCAACUCCCAUCCAACCCCCCAACCUCCACCCAACCUUCACCCAACUCCCAUCCAACCCCCAACCUCCACCUCACCCUUCACCCAACUCCCCCCCAUGGAGAGCCUCACCUGACCCUCCAUAG